AUGGGGCGUCAUUUUUGGGUUUAUUUCAUUUUGUUUGGCCUGCUGUCAACGGGUUUUGGACGUGACACAGGUGAUGACGUUGAUAUCGAUGAAAACGAAGAUGACAACGUCCAGGAAGAAGAGGAAAAGAAAACAAAGCUUGACUACCCGGUCAGUCGUUGUACUGUUCCGCUGUUUACAUUGUUACUUAAAUGCACUGGCAUGCACCAGGCCUAUGGAUUGGUGGUGCUUAACCUUUGGGCGCAGUUCGCAAGGCACAUGGGGAAAAAUUUUCGUGAAUGGGAGAUUGGUGCACCAGAGAGAGUUAUUAUCGAUGGAGACUUGGCACUGAUUGUGAAGACAAGAGCGCGCCAUCAUGCAAUUGCCACAAAAUUCACCCGACCAUUUAAAUUCGAUAGCAAGCCGCUGGUUGUACAGUACGAGGUGAAAUACGAAGAUGGGCAGGAGUGUGGCGGAGGUUAUGUGAAAUUGUUAACAGAGGGGGCUGAGAAAAAAUUGGAUGAAUUUACCGACAAAACUCCGUACACAAUCAUGUUUGGCCCCGACAAAUGUGGCGCUACGUCCAAAGUGCACUUCAUCGUUCGCUUCCGGAAUCCGAAAAAUGGCACCACAUCUGAACAUCAUGCUAAGCAGCCCUCGAAAUCGGUUUCAACAUAUUUUGACGAUCACAGGACGCAUCUGUACACAUUGAUUGUACGGCAUGAUGAAACAUUCACUGUAUUGGUUGACGAAAGUAAAAUUAUAGAGGUAUUUUUGGCUUUGAAUUUCAGUCCCACACAUUUAGCUUUGUAUGAGAAACUCAACGGACAUAAAGCGCUAACGAGCUAG